CUAAAUUAGCGUUGUUUACAAAGUUGCCGCUUACUAUUAACUUUCUGAUACAUAGUUUCUUCUAGGCAUUGAGUUUUUUUUUUUUUAGCUUUUGAGCUUUACAUCUAGAAAGACUAAGUUUAAGUUUUGGUGUUUUCUUACAAAAGUAACGACGAUGUAAAUAGAUAACAUGACCAGAGCAUAAACGAUAAUCUUCACCCAAGAGACAUACAGCUGGGACAAUCGUUUUGGCUUUAAAGUUAUCUUCACCCAAGAGACCUACUGUUGGGACUUUCAUUUUGGCUUUUAAUGUAAAUGCAUUUUUAGUCACAAUGUCUAGUUACUGGGCCAAAAGGAGAAGAAUACUGAAAGGAGUUGAGAGGGACAAACAGGAAAUUGCAGCUGCAAACGAUGCUCUACUUGCUGUUUUUCUCGACUUUGACCAAGUAAAUCCUCCUGUUAAUGAGCAUCAACAUGCAGUGCCUACUACAAGUCACGGACAAACUGUUACCCCUGAAGAAAACCAGGAAAACGUUGAGCCAUCUGUAGACUUCAGAGCUGGUUCCCCAGUAAUCCAGAGUCCACUUCAUAGAGCCAAGAGUUUCAGUACAACAGCAAACUUACCCUACCAGUAUAUGGGUGAAAACGUGGGAGAGGAGAAAGUCAUCGCUCAGUUAUAGGCCCUUGGACUCCCCUGGCAUCUCCUGUACGACACAAAGUUUUCAGCUUUGAAGAUUUCCAGAGACUCCAGAAUGAGAACCAAGCCCUGAGGGAGGAGAACCAAGGUCUGAGGGGGGAUAACCGAGGUCUGAGGGGGGAUAACCAAGCCCUGAUGAGGGAUAACCAAGCCCUGAGGAAGGAGAACCGAGCCCUGAGGGAACGUAAUGCACAAGCAGCCCCGGAUGACAGCGGCUCACUUCAAGAGCAGGUGAAGCAACUUGGGGCAACAUUGAAGACAUUUGCUCGCACUGGGCAAUCAGGUGCCGAUCAGACCCUAAUGCUGCAACGUCUUGGAGAGCUUGGUGAUGUUGUGCGUAGCAUGGACCACAAAAUGGAUGCUAUGCUGGGACAUUUUAGUGCCAAUGUGUCUGUUGGAGAGCUAUCCCUGCCAGGGGAUCUGUUACUCCCCCUAGACACCCAGGAAGAUUUGACGUUGCUUGACAACACUUUGAGGCAGGAUAAAGAGCUCCAGGAACGAUUUCUUCGGUUUUUGGCAAUCAAAUGUGGGAGGGACCUAAAAACAACCGUGUGGCGAAUGCUUCAGAGUAUCUUCACUAAUCACCUUUCCAUUAAUACAACCUGGACUGGUGUAGGGAAUAAAGCAUGUUUUAGAGACCUGUUCCUGAAGACCAUUGUUCAAAGAGCCAUCCGGAAGAACCCGGCAACCCAGGAUGCCACUGAUGAGGCUGUCCAGGUUAAUGUCAUGCGUUACCUGAAAGGAGCAUCUGACCGUGAAGGUGGAAAAAGGCGGCGCACAGCUGAGAGGGACCCACAGCCGACCCCUUAAACCUAGGCUGAACUGUUUUUCUGUUGUUAAAUUCACAUCAAGUUUUGAUUAUCGCAGAUGCAAAACUUUUACAUUGAUUACUGGCUAUACUAGCCCAUAUGUACAACCCCUCCCUCCAUCUCCCAGUCUGGAUAUGACCUAGCAUCAUAUUUGACCAAUGGCUGAUGCCCUACAGCUUUCCAGUUAUACAAUAAUAAUAGCUAUGCUUACAUUUUUCUCUUCUAUUGUCCAUAUUUAUUGUUGGUCACUACACUUGAACCCUGCACUGUUGCACUCAUUUGUACUACCACCAUGACACGUACCUACUUAGCACCUUACAACGGCAUAUUGAACAACAGAGUCCGUCUCUGUCCUGUCACUGCAAGCUCAUUAUACACUACAUUCCAGUGGAUCCUUGUUUUUAAUCUCUUUAGUGUAAUUUACUGUUCAUUGUAGUCUUGUGGAUUUUUUUAUCAUUCUGUUUAUGCUGAUGUGUGUGGUGUUAUAAUCUACUGGGACCUUGCA